UGACCUACCAGUAUCUGGAGAGAACAGUUUGGUGGGAAUAAUGGGAGCUGCUGUGACGCCUACAGAUGAAUGGUGGGAGGAGCUUACAUAUGAACUCUUCUUGAAUGACACCUUUUCCGAUUAUCCCGAUUAUGAGGAUGUAUUUGACCUGAGUUGGGGUGUGAAUUUUAAACCUGUGUUCAUUGCAGUUAUGUUGUCAGUGGUGUUUGUUGUGGGAAUCCUGGCAAAUGCAUUACUGCUGAAAGUACUGCUGAAGAGCAGAAAAACCUGGAGGGUAACAGACACCUUCAUCCUUCAACUAGCUGUGGCAAACGUCAUGCUAUUGGCAACCCUGCCUCUCUGGGCUGCACAGUAUGCCAGUGUUGGUGGAUGGGUAUUUGGGACACUCAUGUGCAAGACCACUGUAGGUGUUUUCAUGAUAAAUUUCUAUUGUGGGAUUUUUCUCAUGCUCUGCAUCAGUGUGGUCUACUGCCUCUCCAUCGUCCGUUCUGCAGAGAGGUUCAUGCAGAGAAAUCCUUGGGUGGUUCAUGCCAGCUGUGUUGUGGUUUGGAUCUUCUCACUGCUCCUCUCCAUCCCUGACUGGAUCUCUCUAGAAGUUGCAAUAGAUGACAGGAAAAACAGAAGGGAGUGCCUUCGACAGUUUUCCAAAUUUGGAAAUGGCACUGAAGAAAUGAUGAUCUUGCUAAAAUGGCUGCACCCUACUGUAGGCUUUCUGCUUCCUUCAGUUGUCCUCAUCUUGUGCUUUUCCUGCAUCCUGUUGCAGCUGUGGUGCAGUUCCCCAAGCCCCCAAAAGCAGCAAGCUUUCAAAACCAUAACAGCUCUUUCGCUCCUUUUCUUUCUCUGUCAGGCGCCAUUUUAUAUUACACUCAUGUGGGAGAAAUGUAAUCAGAACACCAUGGUUGAAAAAACUAGUGAAUGUAUAAAUUUUCUGGACAAGGCUCUGACCAUAACCUCUACUUUGGGUUACUUCCACUGGGUCCUGAACCCCAUUCUGUUUGUUCUUGUUGAUGUUAAGCUUUGGCUUCAGUUGAGGGACAUGUGGGGAAAGACAUCCAACCGUGCAGUUUUCCAACCAUCAGUGUACAGCAGCUAAACAGGAAUACAAUACUGUCUUAAUAACAUUUAUUUCUGUCUGACUCUCAUUGCAACAUAUUUUAACAUUUCUAACUAUCAGGCAAGACAGUGAUAUGAAGAAUUAAGCAUGAUUAUGUAAUAUUUAUUUACUGUUCUUAAAAAACAUAAGCAUAGCCUCAGGAAAAUCGAAAAGCAUUGAAAAAAAUUUAAUCUAGUUUAUUUUCUCCUUUGUAUCUGUCAUGAUCCUAGCACUGAUGACUGGCUUAAUUACUCAUUAUAUUCAGUUGUCUAACUGUGCCCAGUUUCUCAUCAUUGCUCAUCUGAUCCCGCUGUGCCUGCCUCCAUUUAAGGUGCUUGCAUCCAGUCAUCAGUGCCUGAUCAUUUCUUUCAAGCCAGUGGGGAGAGUGUGUCCAGAAUGACCUUAGUGUUUCUGUUUUAUUGGUCCAUCUUUCAACCACUGAGCUUGCCUGCUCCUGUUCUGAUCUGUUUGCCUAACCUGGGCUCGGACUCCUAGACCCCUGAGCUUGCCUGUUGCUGUUGUGAUCUGUUGCCUGGACUCCUGCUUGUACUCUGGGCUGCAGCAUCUGGGACUCUCUCGGCAGUGCCUGCCGCAUCUUGUUGGAAGCCCACUGCCUGGAUCUUACCUUGUUCUCUGGGUACAGACAGAACUGUUAAAACCAGAGUUUCCUAUGAUAGACGCCCUAGCCAAUUUUACUCUGAUCCACUGGUUAAAAAAAAAAAAAAA